GCACCUCCCAACCCGCGCUCCUCCCCGCUCCGCCGGCUUCUCCCUCCGUAGACGGAAGCCGAGGAGGGACGAGGGAGCCGGGGAAGGUUGGAGCAGCGCGAUGGGGGACUCCAAAGUGAAGGUGGCGGUGCGCGUCCGCCCCAUGAACCGGCGAGAGCUUGAUCUGCAUACAAAAUGUGUGGUGGAUGUGGAUGCAAACAAGGUUAUUCUUCAUCCUGUAAACACCAACCUCUCAAAAGGAGAUGCCAGUAGGACCCAGCCAAAGGUGUUUGCUUAUGAUCACUGCUUUUGGUCUAUGGAUGAAUCUGUCAAAGAAAAAUAUGCAGGUCAAGAUGUUGUUUUUAAGUGCCUUGGAGAGAAUAUUCUGCAGAAUGCCUUUGAAGGCUACAAUGCUUGCAUCUUUGCCUAUGGACAAACUGGAUCUGGAAAAUCCUACACAAUGAUGGGUACUGCUGACCAGCCCGGAUUAAUCCCUCGACUUUGCAGUGGGCUCUUUGAAAGGGCCCAAAAAGAAGAAAAUGAGGAGCAGAGUUUCAAAGUGGAAGUAUCCUACAUGGAGAUCUACAAUGAGAAAGUCAGAGAUCUUCUUGACCCAAAGGGAAGCCGCCAGUCAUUAAAAGUUAGAGAACACAGUGUUUAUGGUCCUUAUGUAGAUGGCCUAUCCAAACUAGCUGUUGCUAGCUACAAGGACAUUGAGUCCUUGAUGUCUGAGGGCAACAAAUCUCGAACAGUGGCUGCAACCAACAUGAAUGAAGAGAGCAGUCGGUCCCAUGCAGUCUUCAAGAUCAUCCUCACCCACACCCUCUAUGAUGUACAGUCAGGGACAUCAGGAGAAAAAGUGGGCAAGCUGAGUCUGGUGGAUUUAGCAGGCAGUGAGAGGGCAACAAAGACUGGUGCUGCAGGAGACAGGCUGAAAGAAGGAAGCAACAUUAACAAAUCCCUCACGACUCUGGGGCUGGUUAUUUCUGCCCUGGCAGACCAGGCUGCUGGCAAGAACAAAAACAAAUUUGUUCCUUAUCGUGAUUCUGUGCUCACUUGGUUGCUUAAAGAUAGCCUGGGUGGGAACAGCAAGACUGCCAUGGUAGCAACAGUAAGCCCAGCAGCAGACAACUAUGAUGAAACCCUCUCAACACUGAGGUAUGCAGACAGAGCCAAGAACAUCGUCAACCACGCCGUGGUGAACGAAGACCCCAACGCCCGCAUCAUUCGGGAGCUCCGGGAGGAGGUGGAGAAGCUGAGGGAGCAGCUCACAAAAGCAGAGGCAAUGAAAUCACCAGAACUCAAAGAACGAUUGGAGGAAUCUGAAAAGUUGAUUCAGGAAAUGACUGUGACCUGGGAAGAAAAAUUAAGAAAAACUGAGGAAAUAGCACAGGAGCGUCAGAAGCAGUUGGAAAGCCUUGGCAUCUCUCUCCAGUCUUCAGGAAUAAAAGUUGGGGAUAAUAAGUGCUUCCUGGUUAAUUUGAAUGCAGAUCCAGCUCUCAAUGAACUCCUGGUUUACUAUUUAAAGGAACACACCUUAAUAGGCUCAGACAACUCUCAAGAUAUCCAGCUGUGUGGAAUGGGAAUUCUUCCUGAACACUGCAUUAUAGACAUUACCCCAGAAGGACAGGUUAUGUUAACACCUCAAAAAAAUACUAGGACAUUUGUAAAUGGUUCUGCUGUCGUGUGUCCUAUCCAGCUGCAUCAUGGAGACAGAAUUCUGUGGGGAAACAACCACUUCUUCAGGCUGAAUUUGCCAAAGAAGAAAAAAAAGGCAGACCAUGAGGAUGAAGAACGAGAGAAUUCCAUGAAAUGCAGUAACAGUGUUGAGCAGCUGGACAUAGAUGGAGACAAUUCCAGUGAAGUGUCCAGUGAGAUCAACUUCAGCUAUGAGUAUGCCCAGAUGGAAGUCACCAUGAAGGCACUGGGUAGUAAUGAUCCAAUGCAGUCCAUCUUGCAAAGCCUGGAGCAGCAACAUGAAGAGGAGAAGAGGUCAGCUCUUGAACGCCAGAGACUGAUGUAUGAGCACGAACUGGAGCAGUUACGCCGGCGGCUGUCGCCGGAGAAGCAGCAUUUCCGUAGCAUGGACAGGUUCUCCUUCCAUUCUCCCAGUGCUCAGCAACGCCUAAGACAGUGGGCAGAGGAGAGAGAAGAAAUGUUGACCCACAGCCUGAGAAAGCUCCGAGAGCAGAUUGUCAAAGCCAAUCUGUAUGUGAGAGAAGCCAAUUUCAUUGGAGAGGAGUUGGACAAGAGGACAGAGUAUAAAGUUACCCUCCAGAUCCCAGCUUCAAGCCUUAAUGCUAACAGUAAGAGAGGUGCAAUUCUUAGUGAGCCUGCCAUUCAAGUGAGGAGGAAAGGGAAAGGGAAACAGAUUUGGUCACUGGAAAAGCUGGAGAAUCGAUUGGUAGAUAUGAGAGAUCUUUACCAGGAGUGGAAAGACUGUGAGGAAGACAACCCAGUGAUGAGAGCUUACUUCAGGAGAGCUGAUCCAUUCUACGACGAGCAGGAAAACCACAGCCUUAUUGGAGUAGCCAAUGUUUUCCUUGAGUGCCUGUUCUAUGAUGUGAAGCUACAGUAUGCUGUUCCAAUCAUCAAUCAAAAGGGAGAGGUCUCAGGGCGUCUCCACGUUGAAGUUGUUCGAGUGAGUGGAGAGAUAGAUGAGAGGUUGGCUGGAGGUGAGGAUAGCCCAGAUUAUUCAGCUGAAAAUGACACUCAGGAGAGAAAACUUGUCUGCCAGAUUAAAAUACUUCAGGCUACAGGUUUGCCACAGCACCUCUCCAACUUUGUGUUCUGCAAAUAUACAUUUUGGGAUCAAGUAGAGCCAGUGAAUGUUGCACCUGAGGUGGAUCCUUCCUUGUCCUCCAGCAGCAAGGAGCCACGGUGCAUGGUUGUCUUUGAUCACUGCAAUGAAGUUUCUGUCAGUAUUUCUGAAGACUUCAUGGAACAUCUCUAUGAUGGUGCUUUGGCAAUCGAGGUUUAUGGGCACAAGCAGAGUGGUGACCGGAAAAAUCCAGCCCUGUGGGAUUUGGGAAUAAUCCAAGCCAAAACUCGCAGCCUCCGUGACAGGUGGAGUGAAGUAACCCGAAAAGUAGAACUCUGGGUGCAGAUUCUUGAGCUGAAUGAGAAUGGGGAAUACUGCCCAGUUGAGGUGACUCCUGCCAAGGAUGUAAGCACAGGAGGCAUCUUCCAGCUCAGACAGGGGCAAUCUCGACGUAUUCAGGUAGAAGUGAGAUCUGUACAGGAAUCUGGGACUUUGCCUCUGAUGGAGGAAUCCAUAUUAUCUGUUGGCAUUGGCUGUGUUCAAAUAAAACAAGUCAAGUCACAAAAAGGACCUGAGAAUUAUCAGGAAGAAGAAGAUGAAAUGGACAGUUACCAGGACAGGGAUUUGGAGAGGCUGCGUCGGAAAUGGCUCUGUGCCUUAACGAAGCGUCAGGAGUAUCUGGAUCAGCAACUGCAAAAACUUGUUGGGAAGCCUGAUAAAACAGAAGACGAUGCUGAUCGGGAGGCUCAGCUUCUGGAGAUGAGGCUGACACUGACUGAGGAAAGAAAUGCUGUGAUGGUUCCUUCUGCUGGCAGUGGGAUCCCUGGAGCUCCAGCAGAGUGGACCCCUGUGCCUGGGAUGGAAACUCACAUUCCUGUUAUUUUCCUUGACUUGAAUGCUGAUGACUUCAGUUCCCAAGAUAACCUUGAUGACCCAGAAGCAGGUGGCUGGGAUGCUACUCUGGCUGCAGAAGAGGAAGAGGAAUUCUUUGAACUGCAGAUAGUGAAGCAUCAUGACAGUGAGGUGAAAGCAGAAGCCUCGUGGGAUUCCACAGUCCAUGACUGUAUCCAGCUCAGCAAAGGAACAGCAGGAGAUGAGAGGGUUUUCCUUAUUGUGAGAGCCACUGUCCAGCUCAGCCACCCAGCAGAGAUGCAGCUGGUCCUACGCAAACGCAUCUGUGUCAACGUCUAUGGCAGACAGGGUUUUGCACAAAGUUUCCUCCGAAGAAUGUCUCACCGAAGUUCCAUUCCUGGCUGUGGUGUCACUUUUGAGAUAGUCUCAAAUAUUCCAGAGGAUGCUCAGGGAGCUGAAGAACGAGAGGCACUAGCCAGGAUGGCAGCAAAUGUUGAAGAUGCAGCUUCAGCUGACUCUGAAGCCUAUAUUGAGAAGUAUUUGAGGAGUGUGCUGGCUGUAGAGAACAUUCUCACCUUGGAUCGUCUGCGCCAGGAGGUUGCUGUCAAAGAGCAGCUAAUGGGAAAAGGAAAACUCUGCCGCAGGAGCCUGAGCUCUCCCAACGUGAAUCGGCUUUCUGGAAGCCGCCAGGAUUUAGGACCCCUCUAUAACCUGAGCAGCAACAGGAGUCCAAAGGUCCCAGCAGAGGGCCGAUGGGAGAGUCAGCAAGAUGUGUCCCAAGGUGCCACAAAUCCCAGUAGAGGCAUCAGCCCAACUCGUGCCUCUCUCCCAGGCUCUGCACAGCAAAACCACUCUCCUGACCCAGGUAUCAGUAGUCUUGCUGCUUCCUACCUGAACCCUGUCAAGUCCUUUGUGCCUCAGAUGCCAAAGCUGCUGAAAUCUCUCUUUCCUCUUCGAGAUGAGAAAAAGGGCAGGCAGACCUCUCCUCUUGCCCAGCAGGCUGUGCCACGAAUUAUGGUUCAGUCUGCCAGCACUGAUGCCAGCACUGCAAGGAUAAAACAGGUGAACCGGGAGGAAGUAGGAAAACAGCCAUUGGAAACUUCCGUGCAAGCAUCCGAAGAGGACAAGAGUCUGGAAAAGACCCCCAAAGUGCCUUCACAGCAGCCCAUAGGAGACACCCAGGUGCAGGACUCCCAGGAAGGGCCUCCAAGUCCUCUGAGUGAAGCCUCCAGUGGGUACUUUUCUCACAGUGUCUCCACAGCCACCCUCUCUGAAGCUCUUGCAGGGGGUGGUGAUGCUGUGGCUCAGCCAGGAGGGCAAAUGCCAGCAGUGAGCGACUUCCCAGCUCCUGCUCUGGCUCAGGGCUCUUCUUCUGAGGUGCCAGGGCACCCAGACAGUUCUUCAGAAAGCUGUCAUGAGACAAAGAGAGAGAGUCUACCACCCUCCAGCCUUCAGAGUGCACUCACGAGACCUAAAGACAGCACUGAGGUGAAUGGAAAUGAUGCUUUGAAAUCAAAACCUUGCACAUCCCCAGUGACCCCAAGUGAUGCCUCUGCAGCCACUGAUGCAAAACCUUUUCUUUCUACCUCUUCUCCAAAGAAGGAGUUGUUAUCCAAACAAUCUGUGGAGUCAGCAGGACAAGCCAGGAAAAAAGAAAUAGCUCCUGGGGCUUCAGAACUGGGUUCAGACCUGCCUGGCAUUGCAGCCUCACCCUUCAAAAUCCAGAAGGUCAAGACAUCGGAGCUGAAAUCCUUCACAAGCAUACUGGGGACAGACCCCACGUGUUCACUGAGUGCUGAGGAGCAGCAAGGAGGGGAAAAGAGCACAUCCACAGCCCGUGGGCAGAACCAUAAUGGAUCAGAGAUGGCAGAAGAAAAGCUGGACGUGGCUUCUGACUCAGAAGAUGCCAAUGAAAUUCCUGAGUGGCUGAAAGAGGGGGAAUACGUCACGGUCGGCGCAAAUAAGAUGGGCACUGUCAGAUAUAUUGGGCCUACAGACUUUCAAGAGGGGACAUGGGUUGGUGUUGAACUUGAUUUACCUUCAGGUAAGAACGAUGGCUCCAUCGGAGGCAGGCAGUAUUUCCGAUGCAACCCAGGCUAUGGUUUGCUGGUGAAACCAAGCAGGGUGAAGAAAGCCCCGGGAGCAGCCAGGAGGAGGAGCACAGGCUUGAGGUUACAAGGAGCUGAGGUCAGGAAAAGUGGCAACUUCUCUGGGUCAACCUCCAACUUGGCUUCACUCACAGCCCUGGCAAAAUCCGAGGCGGGCUCCACGUUGCGGCUGGAGAAGAGCCAGAAAAAUGCAGAGAACAGAAAAUCUUGGGCAAACUGAGCUGCUCUGACCCACCACAGCCAACAGCACACCAUGCAAACAGGGCAAGAAGGUCUUUGGGAAGCUAAACCAACCAUCUGAACUUCUAGUUUGUGGCAAACACUAAUGAAGGGUUGUUUGAUGUUGGGUUUUUGUUUGUUUGUUUGUUUUCUCCUUUUCUUCGGGUGAUUGACAUGUUAAUUCCUUGCCUUGUCGUGGUGCUGGAUCCACAUCCUUCGUGUCCUGUUACAAACUGUGAUGCUUCAGGGGGUGACUGAGAGCUCGUGGUGGUGGGUGGGUGUAAGCUCUUGCUCUCCUCCCACCUUUCAGAGAAGGAAGAGGUGCAGAUAUUGCUCAAAUCAUGGUGUGGUUUUCCAGCAGCUCCAAAAUGCUACCCACACCCCAGUCCUUCUCUCAGUGUGACCAACAAUUCUGAAAAAAAUAACCAACCUCCCUAAAAUAACAGUUCUGCCCUCAUUUCCUAAGAGCUGUGUCCAUAUCAUGUAAUACAUGGUGAAAGGGUACAGUUAGAAGAGUUCCAGAGAAGCUAAAGUGAAGCAGUAUUUGGAAAUCAAAAAACAAAACAAAAAAAAAACCCCACAAACCUUUAUUUUAAAAAAGCAACAGCUCUUUGGUUGUGUGACCUGGGACCAGAGCCUGUUCUGGUUGCUAUCCUGCCCUCCCUCUCUCCUCCUGUGGGGAUCAGCAGAACCUUUCUAUCUGAUUUGUUGGAAAUGGGAGAAAACCCAUGACCCGCUCUGGAGUAUUUUUGAUCCCUUCCUUUUCGGAAGGAGGGGAGUUGAGUGGAUUUACUGUCUGGUACCUAUCUAACGUGCUCUCUCACCAUGACAGGACCCCCUCUCUCCACAGCAGAGUCUUCUCCUUGGCUCUGUCCUUGCAGCCAAGAGGAUUUUUGCAGAGCCCUCAGUGCUCCCUUGCUUCCAUCUUCCCACCCAGCCUAUGGGGAGGACACUUGGAUUUAUUUUCUCUUUUUUUUUUUUUUUUUUAACCAGUUAUGCAAAGCAGUGGGUCUCUGCCCUUGUAAAAGGAUGAAUCCAGCCUAUAUUUAUUUUUAUUUAUUGUCUUAAACUAUGAAAUGUUUGCGCUUUACAAUCAGCCACCCCCUGACCUUGCACAACAGGAGCUCCGCUCGCACCCUUCCCACCAAAGAGGAGGUGCCUCAGCCCUCCUAGUGAAAGCAAACCCAGCUGGAGAGUCUUCCCCAAAACUCAUCCCCCCUCUUAACAGUGGGAGGUUUGGGCUGGCUUUUAUAAAACUUGAUUUUUAAAUUGUUUUUUUCUUUUCUGUUAACCCUUGCUAGUUUUUAACCAGCCUGUGGCACCGAUUAUCGCUGUGCACAUAUCGACGGGCAGGCGCCUCGUUUGCUAACAAACCUAGAACAGGCCACAAGACUUUUAUAUUUUCAGAUGCUUUCUCUCUUGUUUAGUCACCACGGGGGGAUUGGACAGCUUGAGCAAUAGGCAUUUUUAUCUACGUGGGGGAUCUUUAGGAUGGGAAAUUAAUCAUUAAACUGGAAUCCGUAUCUCGUCGCCGGCCGUGCUGCACGUGGGUAUCUAAGUGCCUUAGCCAUCUGGUUCAGAGGUCCAAGGGAAAGUUACAUCGUCAUCAAAGGAGAAGGGGAUGCUUGGCAAAGGAGAUAAUUAUGCUGAUUUACUGUAAUUAAUAUCAUUUAUGCAAAAGGAGUAAAAUUAAAAUAGAAACUAAUCUGUAGCAGAAAUAAGCGGGAUGGGUCGCAGCAUGCAGAGUGCUGCCAGGGAUUUGUGUAUCCUCGCAGCUUUGGGGAGCCAGUUUCAGUGUUUCCUAAAUUUUCCUAAAGAGAUUUUAAUGUCAAAUGUACAGACCAGCUUUUAAAGAUAUUUUUAGUGUACAGGUUUUUUUUCCCUCCUUUUCCUUUGCACGAAGCUCCUGCCCACUCAAGCCGAGAGGACGGGAGAAAUCCAGCAGUUCAGAAAGACCCCAACACCCCUGGUUUUUAAAAUUGUGUCUGUUCUUAUAGGCA